AUGGACUUCACGAAUAGCGCUUUUCAAACUCCUGUGCCAACUUCCGAGGUCUCCGAUGAUACCAUGUCUCACACAAGCAUGGUCAUGGCGUGUCGAUGGGGCUGGACUAGCACGCCGGAUUCAAACACAAACGCGCAAGCGCCAUUUCCUACCUCGUCAGCACCUCGGACAACCUCGAGUUCUAUAUUCAACGUUCGUUCAAAGCGCUUUGCGCCCUGCCAAGGGCGUCUCUACCAUCAACUUAGCUGCUCACACCGCGUCCGGACGGACCUAGUGGAAGAUUGUGGCGCAAAUUGUGUCGAGCCCUUUGGUAGUACAGUCGACUCUGCAUUCGUCUGCAACGAAUGCAUUCAGGCCGAGGCUAUCAAGAUCUGGGAAGAACGAAAAGCGCAGCACAAUGCGACAUAUCCGCCGAUAGACCGAAUGACACAGGAGCAGUAUGAUCAGUACUACCAGGAACAUCGACAGUUGGAAACCGAAUUUGCUCGCGACCAUCAGAUCUACGAGAGGGAGCUUAAAGCACAGAUGCGGCCAAGCAAUGUCUGCUCAGCUAUGGAAGCGAGCAAGGAGGAGAUGGACUUUGCCGCUGAAAUUGACUCACUAUCACUAUCGCUAAUGGCUUCCAAUACUUCGGCUGUCGAUUACCAACCUGAGAUUCGAGGCCGUACGAGCUUACCAAACGACGCUUCCGAGCAACUUCACUGGGACCUUAAAACUCUUGCCUUGGAACGGGGCUCUUGCGGCGUUGAGUAUUCGGCAACGCAGCGGGGAAAUGGUGUUCCUGCAAUGCGUCGCAUGGAUGAUGAUGAGUUGUGGAGAAAGCCGCGUGACCGAGAGUGA